AGACCGGAAGCAGUUGCAGGCGUUUCCGUUUCCUAUGCUCAGCUGCCUUGUGGUUGCCUCGGUGAUGUCGUGGGUUCAAGCAGCAACUUCGGUCAGCAAUCAGAGAGAAGAGGGGGAUGUGUUUGACGAGGAAGCGGACGAAUCGCUCCUGGUGCAGCGGGAAUGGCGGAACCACAUGCAGAGACGCGUCAAAGAAGGUUAUAGAGAUGGACUAGAGGCUGGCAAAGCAGUUUCUCUGCAACAAGGCUUCAAUCAAGGUUAUAAAGAAGGUGCAGAAGUCAUUAUAAACUAUGGACAACUCAGAGGAACUUUGAGUGCUUUGCUCUCCUGGUGUCACCUUCAGGAUAAUAGUUCGGCUUUGAUCAGUAAAAUAAAUAAUCUUCUGGAUGCAGUUGGCCAGUGUGAAGAGUGUGUGCUCAAACAUCUGAAAUCAAUCACCCCACAGCCUCAUGUUGUAGAUUUAUUGGACUCCAUUCAGGAUAUGGACCUUUGUCAUGUAGUUCCAGCUGAGAAAGAGAGUGAUAAAGCUAAAGAUGAAAGACUCUGUGAAGAUAAUGCUGAGCUUAACAAAAACUGUGGCAAGAGCCUUGGUAGAGCCCACUGUUCAUCUUUAGAAUGUGGUGGGACACGGGAGCACGUGCAUUCUGAAAGCCCAAGCCUCUCCUGGAUCUUAGAGCAGACGGCCGGUUUAGUAAAACAGCUGGGAGUGUCAGUAGACAUAUUACAGCACCUCAAACAGCUGUAAAAGUCAUCUUCACUUUCCUAAUGAAAAGAACGUUCAGAACAUUGCUUAGAGUGUUUUGUAUCUUAACAAGCUUACCAAAAUCUGUACUGGUUUCUACAUGGAACACUUCACUAUCCUUCAUGGAAGUUUGAAAUGUCUUCAUAUUUAACACUAUUAAAUGUAACAUAAGUC